AUGGCCUUAUCAACGGGGGGCUCGGCCGCCUCGCGCGGCACAUCCCUCGGAGCCGAGGUGCGCCAGGCACCGCCGGUCAUGGACGACUACCGCGGCGUCGUAUAUAACGCGCUCGUAGCGCAGGGACCGAUCGAGCGCCGCCGACGCGCGCGGACUCAGCCGGGCCUGGAUCGCAGCCGACGAAGACCCCGGAGCGAGAGCGCGCUGGACAAGGACAAGGACGGGGAUGUGGACAUCUUGGACCUCCUCGACUGCGUCGCGCGGACGCCCGUCGGGCGCGUGCUACGGCUCAAUCAUGUCCACUCGUACCUGAACGCGCCGCGCCACAACCCGUUCGACGACCUCGUGCGGCGCCUCGACCGGAUCGACUCCAAGGUCAGCGCGGCCCCUCUAAUCGCAAUCGGGCGUUGUGGGCGUUGUGUGAGCUCCGCGGCCAGGGUACGGCCUCCGCGGUUACGAGUGGUCUCGGCGUGUCAAUUGACGCACGGGUAA